GCACCUGUGAGAUCCACACAUGUGCCAAGGGAUCCAGCUAAUUAAGCAGAGGGAGAAGUCACUCUCUUUGUCUGUCUUCGGUGGUCAUGCUUGAGAGGGCUGCAUAGAGAACUCUGUUUUUGCAACAAUGGGGUCCAGGCAGUUUAUUGUGUUUGGCUUUGUGCUUGCGUGUGUCGGGCUUAGUGACGCUCGAUUCCUCAGUAUGAGCGAGCCAACCUACUGGGAAGUCGAGGUGGAAGUCUCGCCAGAAGCAGAACCUGAGAGAGAGCACUCCAGGAAGUCUAGUCAACGAUCUCGCAUCUUCCAUGCAAAGCACAUUCUGCCAGCACUCAAACCACACUCCUGGAAGUUUCCAGAAGAUCCUGUGGAUUUGGUGAAAAAGCACCCUGUCAAGUUUGAACUGCGGCAGCCGGUGACCACGAACCGCGUUGCUGUGAGGUGUUGGCAAAGUAAGAUCCAAGUUGAAGUGAGCCAGGACCUGCUGGGCCUCGGCAAGCUGAUAAAGCCGGAGGACCUCACGCUUGGUGACUGUUCAGCCACUGAAGUUGACACCUUGUCUCAUGUGCUGGUCUUUGAAAGUGAGCUGCAUACCUGUGGUAGCAGACUAGUGAUAACAGAGAAUGUCUUCAUUUACGCUUUUACACUGGUCUACAAACCCAAAGUGUUUGGCGGAAUUCCCAUCAUAAGGAGUCAGAGCGCUGUCAUUGGAGUGGAGUGCCACUACCCGAACAAAAUUAUAAACUAGCUCCUGCAAAGACCCACUUGAAUUCACUGUG